AUGCAUUUCCUGUCACCAUAUGUUCAUAUGUGGUAUACUGUGUGCACUGGUAGGCCGUCUCCUCACCCAAACACCACAUCCGAAGCAAUACUAACAGCGAAAGCAAUGGCAAUACGAGAGGGAAGCCGUCGGACGACAACACCGGCAUAUACUUCGAUGCGGACACUCCUGUGGAUGACGAGGGAGAGGGCAGUGGCUCUCACUUCGACGACACGGAGACCUCGUCGGGAAAGGGCGACGACGACGAGGACACCGCUAUUCCCGGCGCCAAAGAGGGCUCCGGCAGUCGGCCGACGGUCAGCGCCACCAGUAAUCCCAACACUGAUGACGAGGAUGAGGGCGACGGUGACGACGAUCUCGGCUCCGGAGACGACGACUUCGAGUCAAUCAUAUCAUCGACGGAAAGGCCAACAAAACGACCGGAUGUGCCGCGAGUGACGGUUGCGCCGACUCACGAGUCCAGGCCCAAACCGAAGGACCCGAUCGACGAGCCGUUCGACAACAGUGUGCCUAAAGAAGCCUUCCCUCCAAUUCCCUCCGAGACGUCGACCCGACACCCGCUGCCGGCGCCGACGCAAUGGCCGCCGCAUGUGGUGGUGACGGACGCCGAGGACGACGGCAACAGCUUAGGUAACGACGUGUCGAUUAUGGGUCAGAAACAGGUGACGCCGGCCUCGUUCUUCGCCCGACCCGGUAUUCUCGCAGCUGUGAUAGGAGGGGCUGUUGUCGGACUUCUUUGUGCCAUUUUAUUAGUUAUGUUUAUUGUGUAUCGGAUGCGAAAGAAAGAUGAGGGCAGCUAUGCGUUGGAUGAGCCCAAACGCCAGACAUCAGUGAACCCCUAUGCCAGGGGCUCUUCCAAGGAAUUCUAUGCCUGAACGCCAGUACCCAUCCGUACGGCUACUAGUGAUGUGUGAAUGUAUUAUUUGAUUCAACGGUGGAAAACAAACUCAACACAAAUAUAUGGAAACUGAUUAGUGUGUGAAGACGUUGUGACCCUUUUUGUGAUCAUCUAUUAGUGAAUCAAUUGUUAUGUGUUAUCAACGAAACCAUAUGAACUCAACCGACCACUGGAUAUCGGAUUUGCUUUUUUUGUCGCUAAACAUAACAUGACUUUUGAUUUACUAUAAACUCAUCGCUCGUAUCGACAAAACACUCGACCGACUCAUGGAUUGUACACUAAUUGUAGUAAUAAUUAAGAAAAUGACGGAAUAAUCAAAAGAUUGAUUGUUUUUUCUCUAAUCUUCACCUCAAAUGUGAACCAAUGGACAGCUAAGUGAAGACAACUUUUUAUAUAACGAUUAAUAUAUGUAAUGAUAAUAAUUAUUGACUCGAAAUUACAUUUCACGCGAAAGCUCUUCAUUUGAUUGAUAAUUAUUGUAUAGUUUUGUUGUAAUACUUAUUGAAAUCACUGAAAAAUGUGGUGAAAGUGCCCAUCGAUGCAGCUAUUGAUCAGCUAUUGAUCUAUCGAUCUAUCGGUUAUGAUAUUUAUAUAUCUCUUACACAAUACUAACCAAUCGUUUGAUUAUUUUUCUCGAAACCAAAACUUUUUUCUAUUGAAAGCGAAACCCAUUUUGAAACCCAUUUUGAUUGAGACAUUAAUUUUGAUUGAAAUUAAUUUAUUGAUAGAAAUGCAUGAAAAACAUAUUCAAACUGACAGUUAGUGUCAGAGCUCUAACACUCGUCAUAUCCUAUACUCUAAUAUCAAUUGACUUUUAGUCCAAAACUCUUAACCAAAACCUCUUAUCAAAGCUAAAGACAUAUUAAGACAUAUGAAACAUAUGAAAGACAUUCCAAACCAAACCAACCAUUUCUCCCGAAUUCAUAUCGAAAGCCGUUUUCUAUUGUUUUUCUAUAGAAAUGAAUAAGUUUUGCAUCAAAAUUGACAAUAAGUUUGUAAUUAUUAUUUGAAAAUGUAUUUGAUUUAUGUAUGUAUUUAUGCAAUACUUAGAGUACAAUAAGUUUUCAUAAAAAGCGAGUUUUUGUAAACUUUUUUCACACGAAUCACAAGAUUAGGUGCAAAACGACACAAAUAUAUCAUUAGUUUUAAACUUGAAAACAGAAAAACACUAAUAAUUGACGAAAUUAUUAAUAAAUGAAAAUAGAAAUUAAUAUUUAAUUUAUAAGAAUUUA